AUGGAACCUCCAAUGAAGUACUCGCCAUUAAUGGCAGACAAUAUCGAAAAUAUAGAGCGCUACCAACCCGGUGGCUUUCACCCUGUUCUUCUCGGCGAUACCUUCGCGGAUGGGCGAUACGUUAUCAUCCACAAGCUAGGAGCAGGGGGAUUCUUUACGACCUGGCUUACUCGUGACGAGACUUUGAACAUUCCGAUACCGGCGCACGCAUCAUUUCCCCGCACCGAGCUCCAUGCCCAUCAACUACUUCAACGCUCGACUUGCUUCUCUGAUCAAUUUGCCCGCGACCAUAUCUCUCAACUGCUUGAUCACUUUGAGGUGAGCGGUCCUAACGGGACACAUGCUUGCUUGGUGACUCCUGUUGCGGGGCCCAGCAUCUACAGUCUGCCGCGUUCUCCUGGUCAGAUCGCCGGCACUCGUCGACUGGGGGGUAGGCUUGCUGGAGCAAUUGCAGGACAGGUGACUGUAGAUUUUAGCCAGUGGUCUACGCAGGAAGUAUACGACAACCUGGGAGAGCCGGAGAUAUCUGAGAUCACCCUCUAUGGCGGGGAACAAGCUGGGCCAUACGCACCAAGAUACGCAGUAUCUGCAGUUGAGUUCGCGCUCAAGGACUCCCCUGCCUACCUGACCGAUCAAAUCCUCGUCAUAGACUUUGGUCUGUCAUUCUCAAAGGAUUGUGUUGCAGGAGGAGAUGGUUGUAUCCCUAUCUCCUACCGCGCACCUGAAACCAUCUUUGACCAUGUGAUGAGCAUCCACAGCGAUAUUUGGGCGCUUGGCUGCGUUCUCUACGAGAUAAGGGCAGGAGUGCCUCUUUUUGAGGCCGUGGUUGGUGGCAAAGACGAGGUCCUACUGCAGAUGGUGCAGGUACUGGGGAAGCUACCCCUGCCAUGGUGGGAGGCGUGGGAGACUAAGCAUCGAUAUUUUGACGAGGAUGGACAUAGCAAAGAAGGCCGCCCGUCAAGCUCGCUCAAGACACUGAUACAGGAAAUAGGGGCGAAUGAUCAUACUUUGACCAGGCCAAACCCGGUAAUAAAUAUUCGGGCUUCGGCAGCAUUAAGCUCCAGCUAG